UUGGACUGGCGGGAGAUUGGUGGUAGUCCUUUCAAGGCCGUACGCGUAUUCACCGUGAGUCGGCGAAGUCGUAUUCGGAACAGAAAUGGCUAGAAGUGCAGAAAAAGCAAUGACAGCUCUUGCUCGCUGGAGAGCAGUGUAUGUCGACAAGGUUCAGGAGACAAAGAAAAGACCUUUUAUCGCUUCAGAAUGCACUGGGUUGAAAGAUUCAUUAUAUUACAGGCGACAGAUUGUUCAUGAAAUAUCUCGGAAAAUAGCACAGAUCCAAAAUCCCAGCCUUGGGGAGUAUAAAUUACGAGACCUAAACGAUGACAUUAACAAGCUUAUUCGAGAGAAGUCUCAUUGGGAAGACCAUAUCAAAAACCUCGGCGGGCCUGAUUUUAAAGCUGAAGCGCCAAAAAUGUUAGAAAAAGAAGGUAAAGAAGUCCCUGGCAAUCGAGGAUACAGGUAUUAUGGAGCCGCUCGCGAUUUGCCUGGUGUCCGGGAAUUAUUUGAAGAAGAUCCCCAGCCAGUUGCAAGGAAAUCCAGAGGAGAGCUAAUGAAGCUGGUUGAUGUAUCGUAUUACGGCAACUGUGAUGAAGAUGAUGGUGUGAUUGUUCCCCAGGAGGCCAUUUAUGAACAAGAAGCCAUAGCUCAUAAAGUUGCUUUAUGGAAAGCACGUAAGGAGAAUGAUUCUUUACCAACAUAUGCUGCUAAACAUCCUACUGGUGAUGAAAUAGAUGAUUUGGACGAAGACAACGCUGAUACAAGAAACAUAUAUGACGCUGGAGAUAAUCCAGCUGAUAUAGAACUGAUGCGCCUUUACGAAGCGAUUGAUGAGGGCAAUGAGGUUGGAUCUGUUGACUUUACGAAUGCUGAACAAUUAGUAGCAUUGGUAAAUGGUGAUGAAAGUAUUAAUACGUUGGAUGAUGCUACAAAGUUGGCAAACAAAUCUAUGAGUUCUUUAAGCACAACAGUGAAGCGAGCAUUUGUUGCUCAUGUUCCAGUCUAUACACAAGAGCAGAUUGAAUCAGCGUUGGUAGCUCAGCGGAAACGCGAAAUUCUCGAAAAAUACAUGUCUAGUGAUCUGUUAGCCAGUAUGGCACAAACUGGAGAGAUUCUUGGUAUCGAAAACAGUAACGGUAUGCAAUUCAGUUAUCAGGAUCCAAAUGAUGGUCAGUCUGUGUCAAGACCAACUGGAAAUUCUGAUUUUGAAGCGGAAGAAGAGGAGGAAGAAGAAGAGGGGAACUGAAUCUUUUCUUUUCAUAAACUACUGUAUGUAUAUUUUUGUACAGAUACCAACUAAUUUAAUACUCAGACCAAAAUUGUUUCUUCCUGUCCAGUCAACUAAGUACUCAGUAUUUUUUGAAGUGAGAGAUUCACAUAACGUUUCAGGUUAUCGCAUUGUUGUAGUGUAAACAUUUCUGCUGUUUGUUUCUGCAGUGAUUCUAUUUCAGCUUACUGUCAAUAUUUGUGGUAGCUGACGGCAUAUUUAACUCUUAAAUGUAACGGCUGAUUCUCAUGAAUGUUAUCGCUGAAAUAUGCAGCCACAGGAGGAGAC